UGGGCACCUUGUAACAUUUAUACACACACUCAAGUAAACUUAUAUAUAGUCAUCACUUCUUCAUAACCAACCAAUGGAGUUUUCACGUCUCUCUAUUUUAGCUCUAUUUUGUUUGACUUUUGUGGGAAUUGACGCAUCACCAUUGUCUGCCGAAGAUUAUUGGAAAUCUGUUUGGCCAAAUGCUCCUCUUCCAAAGGCUUUCUUUGAUCUAUUGUUACCUUAUGGAAAAACCAAUAGUCUACCCAUAAAAGUUGAAGAAAUGAAUCAAUACUCGACACUCUUUUUUGAGCAUGAUCUCUAUCCUGGAAAAAAAAUUACCUUGGGUAAAAGUCAAUCUUUGGGAAAGAUGGUACGACCAUUCACAAAACCAACACAAGGUAUCACAGACUCCAUAUGGUUGGCAAAUAAAAAGAGACAAAGUCUUAAUGACUUUUGUGCGAGUCCAACGGCUACAGGAGAACAUAAACAUUGUGUGUCAUCCUUGGAAUCAAUGGUUGAUCAUGUCAUUUCACAUUUUGGGACGACAAAGAUUAAGGCAAUUUCAAGUACUUUUACCCAAAAUCAAGAUGAAUAUGUUGUUGAGGAAGUGAAAAGAGUUGGAGACAAUGCAGUGAUGUGUCAUAGAUUGAAUUUCGAAAAAGUUGUAUUCAAUUGCCACCAAGUGCAAGAAACAACCGCUUACGUAGUCUCAUUGGUAUCCCCUGAUGGAACUAAAGUUAAUGCUUUAACAGUUUGUCACCAUGAUACAAGAGGUAUGAAUCCUGAAUUGCUUUAUGAAGCUCUCAAAGUUGACCCUGGAACUGUCCCUGUUUGCCAUUUCAUCGGCAAUAAGGCUGCUGCUUGGGUACCUAACUUUUCUGAUGACCAUCUUUGUGUCAUCUAGAUGCUAACUUCUUGUGCACAUCAUCUCCCUUUCAAUAACAUCAUGUUCAAACUGGCUUUGUUUUAUUAAAUUUAUGUAUGUAUGUAUGGAGAAUGUGAUGUGCAAGUAUGGGAUUUCAUGUAUUUCAAAUAAAACUACUUCUAUUUUGAAUAUGUGUAUAUUUGCAUGUGUUGGGAGUUUGAUAUCCUCUACUCAGUACCUUGAUGUAUGUUGAACUUGAUAAUAAUGAGAAAAAAAGAGUUGUGUUUGAUA